AUGCAUUCAGGGCGUUUGACGACGAACAUGAUUAUGGACAAUGUGCUGAAUUCUAUGAUCUUACCCACCCUUGCUCCACCAACCAUUGAUCCACGCAAAAAACGAGCAGUGGUAACAUCUUCCUUCAAUACUGAGCAGAGGUGCCACUAUUUUACCACGUCCUCCUUAGCCACGUCACUGACAGCACUAGGCUUCACCAGUCAGGGUGCAGUGAUAGUUACAACACCAGGCUUAGAGGAAGUUCGUGUCAUUGGCAACAUUCGGGGAGAAAAAUUAUACCGUGCUGUGAAUCCACCUGCGGGCCAAUGGAGCAUUUGUGUUGAGACUGGAACUCUGACCAUCUCACUAGACAUCACAAACAGCAUCCACUCCAUCUUCAAGUUUCUUAAAUCAGAUGAAGACUCGUUCUCUGUCCGCAGUUCACCACCACCACCAGCAUGCACUGAGGACCGUGUAUCAAUUGAGACAUCAAAGAUUGCAAAUAUUAGGAGCCCAUCUCUGCAACUGGUGAUAAUGAGAGCGGAGAAGUUCUCACAACAGCUCCUCUCCUCCGUUGUGCUAAUCGACUGCUGGGGAAUGUUUCAUUCCCUCAGGCCACAGUCAGCUACAGGGUAGUGGGCAGUGAUGCAAAUGGUAGGAGGUUCAAUUCAACCCUCUCACCAAAGACCAUCACAUUUACACAAGAAGACGGAGCUAAGUUUAGUGUUGAAGCAGAUGGAGAGGGCAGAAUGGAGGUUGAAAAUGGACAGACCAUAACAAUACCCUUAAGAGUUGAAAAUUUCUUACCCACUGAUGUGCAUUAUUCAUUCACAGCUGAGCCUGUCACUGGCUUCAGACAGGCUUUUCGUCCUACCAGUUUGGUGGUUGCCCCCAGAGGCAAUGAUUCCGUAACCUGGUUCAUUUUGCCCCUCCCAUCAACUGAGCCAGGGUCCACACUCACAUUCACAGCCACUGUGACUGAUGGCUGUGUUGUCCAUUCUGCCUCAAAGACAUUGUCAUUUAUCGCACCGGUUACAACUCCUCCACCUGUUACUAAUGAGUGUGGCUGCAUGAAUGGUGGAACUUGCAUUGUCCGCAUCAUUCGAGGAAGAAGAAUCCUGCGAUGUGUUUGUCCUGAAGGGUUUUCAGGGUCUCGCUGUGAAGAUGAAAGCUAAUUUCUUUAAUCGCUACUGGAGUCGUCCAAUACAAAAACUGUUUUUUUGACUGCUAUAGUUAGAUAGGGUAAUGAACAUUUCUAGGAUAAACAAUGAAUGUUAAAUAAUGUUCUCUUUACUAUCCUACAGUCGAGCUCAUGUAUAAAGCAUUGCCCUUCCUGUUGCUCCUCCUCCUUAUCAUAUUCCUCUUCCUUUAACUCCUUCUCCUGCUCCUCCUUCUCCUCUUCUCUAUCUUCUCGUCGUCCCUUUUCCCUAGUUCCACUAUGAAAGGGUUAUAUAUAACCCACCUGCAGGUAGCCCACCAUACGUUCAACGAUAAUUAUUUGAAACCGUCAAACAGAGUUCCGUGAAUGUUGGUCUAUCUUCUGGUAGCUACUAUCUGCCAGAAAUGCUUCAUUAUGCCAUAGCCGAAUAGAUGAAAAAGGGGACAUUUAC